AUGGGACGCCGAGGGGGCGGCAGUGGCGAGCGCAGCGGCUCCCCGAGGCGAGGGACGGGGUCCCGCAAAGGUCUGUUUUCAAAUAUCUGGUUAUGGCGAGGUGUUACUGGAGUCCUUGCUGCUGCUGUCAUUUUGAUUUUGUGUAUUCAGUUUGUAAACCGUUCUUCGGCCAAAGAUUUUCCUGUCUGUCCUUCCCUGGAAGUCUGUCCAUCAGGUUGGCUGUAUUUCCAGAGGAAAUGCUACUACCUCUCAGAGGGUGAAGCCAACUGGAACUCCAGUCAGAGCCUCUGCUCUUUGCACAAUGCUUCCCUCCUGGUGAUUGAAAAUCAUCAGGAACUGAGUUUUAUGGUGAAGAUAACAAAGCAAGACCCGUGGAUUGGACUCUAUAAAAGAAAUGAAGAGUUCUUUUGGGUAAAUGGGAAAGCAUUAGACAAUAAACUGAUUGAAGUAAAAGGCUCUGGAAACUGUGCCUAUCUUGAGUCAAAAGGAGUCUCAGCGUCUGGAUGUUAUUUAACCAGGAAGUGGGUCUGUAGCUUGAAUAUUAGCUUAGCACGAUAAAGGUGGACGAAGCCACCACCCUUGACACUUCGCGCUCUGAUGCGAUGUCUGCACAGGCUGUGUGUAUACUUUGGGACCUGGGAAUGCGUCUCAGCUCCUGCCUGGAGGUGAAUGACUUUUCUGGUAGCCAGAAUUCUCCACCCAUGGAGGAAGCCUCUGUUUUUUAAAGAUACCAUUCAAAAGGCUCACUUCAGCAUCUUGAUAAGUCGUUUCCUUGCCCCAUGUUUCUAGCUACUGCUCAUCCUGUAGUUUCUUUUUGCUGUGUCAUCAGUAUUUCUUCCAUUAACUCUUCUCUUGUAGGAUCCUAAGCAGCUGCUGUUUCUUUUCCUUUUUGGUGUGCAGUUGGAGGUAUUUGUUCUGCUUUUCCCUUAGCCAAGCUCUGUGUGCAGGGAUGGGUUGUGAAGUGGGUCUGUCUGAAGGUCUGCCAGUGCCUCUCAGAUACAGGAUGAUGCAGAAAUGAGCACUGUUGUUUUAGACAGGAUCAUUGCAGAUUUCACUCUCCCAGUUUGAUGGGGUGCAUCUUAUGUGACUCUGCAUUGUAUUCAAUGUUUUGUUAAUGUUAUUUUACAUUAAUCUUGUUAAAUUAGCUUGACAGUAUUAUCAUUGGGAUUUACGUAGCUGCACUGCACCUGAAGUUCUCCUUCCCACAGCACUUAUCUUAGCAAAAAAAGUCAGAAUACAUAAUUUAUUUAUCUGAGCAUCUUCACUGAUGGGGAAAAAGAGUUUGAACUGAAAAAGUAAUAGUGAAGCUGCAGGCAUUAAUGUUGUAAAGUUAGAAAUAGUCCUCAGUGCGAAUAGGCAAAAUCACGAGUAGAGAAUAAGAGAAUUAACAGCAAAGGAUGUUUUUCCGUGGUUUCCGUGUGUCCUGUGCCUGUCGGAGCAUGAGGCUUCUAAGCAAGCAGUACAUUUCUGGAUGGACUAUCAGUGUUUUCUUCUGUGUGCGUAUCAUUUUCAGCAGCAACACCCAGUGCUGUUGAGUUGCUAUGAGCGUGAACAGAAUUAGGGUGCAAUCCCGCUGAACUCUGUCCACUCAUGUCUAGCAGGUAACCUGAAGAUUGAGUGCCGUUUGACCCAGAGGAAGAAAAGCAGCUUAUUUUCCUGCAAAGACUAUUCCUAUUGGGUUUCUAGAGAAGGAAGAAUGGGAAAUUCGCGUGCGUAGCAGGGCAAAAUACUUCCCUGCUCAGAAUAAAAUCUGGAAAAUUGAUUUUCUUGUGAUCUGGGUGCUAUAGAAAGGCCUUUGGACUCCGUGGGACUUCUUGAAGGAGCAAGUGGAGCCAUUUUUGGAGUAGCCGCUAGAGUGCACUGUAGUUUCAGGGAAGGGAAGAUAAUUGUGUCUUCCCAUUUUUUAAGAAUGUAAAAUUGCACCAUGUUUGACAGGUUAUUUGGAGUGUUGUUGGUUCAUUGGGGUUUUUUGUCCUAUUUGUAAUUCUUUUUGCGUCACUGUGUUUUUAUGCGAAUUUAAUUGCUGUCUCAUUUUAUUCAGCAUCUUGUUUAUGCCUUCAUUAUUUUCUGUGACAAUAGGACUUUACUGUAACAGGACCGUGCAGUAUGGAUAUUGUUAACAACUUGUGACUUUAAGAUGUUUAUUUAUAUAUGAUCACUAAUUUUGCUGAACUACACUUUUUUUAAUUGCUUGUAUUCUUUAUAGGCAUGGUAAUAGGACUCUACAGCAUGAAUAGCCUAAUAAUCUAUGUGUUAAUUUAUAUGUAACUAGUUGGAGGGGGGGAUUAUUUGGCAAUGUUUUUAAAUGAACUAGCUCUGAAGGAUAUGAUAUGUGCAAUAGUCCUGAAAAGAUACUCAAUAAAUAUCUUUACAGAGCC